UGUAUGGCUUCGCAGACAAAUAUUGAAAGCAAACAACACUUGCAUUGAGUCGUCAUAUCAUAUGAAUUGUGGUUAUGUUUAGCAGAUAAUUGUCACCUGAAGGCACAUCCAAUUGGUCACAAUGACGGUGAUCGGUCUGUCGAACCAACUCAUAGUUCCGAUCACUCUGUGGGGCUCACAAUCACCCACUCAUUGCAUCUCUUGUGUGCUGCUGACCAACGACUACAAGACAGUAGUGACCGGUUGUAAUGACGGACAGAUCUGCCUCUGGGACUGCCAUCCAUCCACUCUUUCCUUGACACCAAGAAGUCUACUCUUUGGUCACUCGUCACCAGUGCUAUGUCUGGCCAACGGAAAGGAAACCAAUGAUAACUCACUGCUCGUCAGCUCUUCAGAGGCCGGAGAGAUGUCUUUAUGGGACUUAAGUGAUGGUCGGUGUCUGGAGAGCGUCAAAAUGCAAUGCGUCCACACAAACAUCCAGACCUAUGAGUUGGCCGCUCACGAAGACGUGCGACUCUUUUGCAAUGGAUAUUACGCGGAGAUACUGAUCAUGGAUGUGACCACUCUUGAAGUGCUCUACACUCUCACCUCCAAAGUGAAUCCCGAUUGGAUCAGUGCUAUGCAUGUGUUACGACCCGUUAAACGCCAAGAGGAUGUAGUGAUUGGUCUAUCGAUUGCCGGAGUGGUUAAGGUGUGGACAUUGACCGGACAUGAAGUGCGGUCAUCGGAACCCAUAUAUGAGAACGAAUCCAAACCUAUUCGAUGUCUGAAUGCAAUCCGUAUUGUCUCCUACUACCUGUCCCCUACUCCCUUGUCUCCUACUAUCACCCAAUUCUUGCAUAACACGUGUGUCUGUAUUGAGGUCUACGACGCCGGAGACUUCUCGCUGUUGUGUUCAGUGGACAGCCGUAGAGGCGAGCGCUGGUCUGGCGGUGACUUCUUAUCUGCUGAUCGCAUAAUCGUAUGGAGCGAUACAGGGAAGGGAUAUCUUUACAAACUUCCCGUCAAUUGCAUUCCAGAGAAUAAAGAAUUCCAUUCCCCAGAGUCUGAUCAGCCAUUCCUCUACUGUAUUCUUGUCAUUCCUGACGACGAGCGUCUCUUAUGUCCGCCGGCAAUGAAUUUCUAUUUAUUGAGUCGAAACAUAAAUCAAGUUGAAGUGAAUCCUAAUAUUCAAAAGCUAUUAAUAAGAGGCGAUUCAUAUGGAAAAGUUGUCAUUUGGUCCAUUCCUGACGUCUCCAACAGAGAUCUCUCAGCCGUACGACAAGAAUCAAUAGAAACUCCGCCACAAAUGGCACCGACUGUUAUACAAUCAUUAGAAAAGGCCUGGAAAUUAAUGAAACCCUCGCCCUGUGGUAUAUUGGAUCAAUUGAUCCACACAUCAGACGACUCUCCCUAUUAUAAACUGACGGCUUCUGUGUAUUUGCCACUUCAGGGGCGACUCGUUUGCGGUCGAGAAGACGGCAGUAUUAUAAUAGUAUCCGCGAGUCAGACAAUUAUGUUGCAGUUCUUAGUGGGCAAGCACUUGGCGUACGAUGACUGGCCCCACCAUCAGAUUCUAGUCGGACACUCAGGACGUGUUAAUUGUUUACUAUAUCCCCAUCACAUCAACAACCGCUACGAUAUCGCGCACCUGGUGUCGGGUGGGGUUGACUUCUCUGUGUGUUUGUGGGAUCUAUACAGCGGUACUCUACUGCACCGGUUCUCUGUUCACGCGGGAGAGAUCAGCCAAUUGUUCGCACCGCCCAAGGAUUGCAAUCCACGAGUAUUGCAAUGCAUUUGUUCGGUGGCCAGCGAUCACUCGGUGGCCCUCAUAAGCCUUAAGGAGCGUAAGUGUAUAAUGCUUGCCAGUCGUCAUCUCUUCCCAAUCCAUACAAUCAAAUGGCGUCCACUCGACGACUUCAUGAUCGUUGGGUGUGUUGACGGGUCGGUGUAUGUCUGGCAGAUGGAAACGGGUCACUUGGAUCGCGUUCUGCACGGAAUCAUUGCCGAAGAAAUCCUCAGUGCGUGCGAUGAGAAUAUAACCACUGCUGGCGAUCGGCUCACAAAUCCAGCCAUUCAUCUGUUUAGAGGUUUAAGACAUCGAAACCUCGCAGCCAUACGACACGCCGCGGUCAGAGGUCUCCAUAAUAUAAGCUCUCAUUUAGAGAAACAAAAGCACGAUGUGAUCGAUAUGUCCAUUCGGUCGCGUUCUCAUCCCCUUAUGAUUCAGGGCUUACGAACCAACCCUAAAGAUCAGGACAGCCAUGUCUUGUUUUUUGAUGUCGAGGCUCUUAUAGUCCAACUCAUGAGUGAAGAAUAUUCUGCUCUCACACCGAAUACACUGGAGGCCCAGGGGUUGACAAAUACUAAUGAAUAUCAAAAGUAUUACAAUCUCUCGUGUUCUCCAGAAACGCAACACAAACUGACAGGAUUUCUGAAUAAAGUGAAAGAUUCGGCAGAAAAUGCCGCACAAAAAAUACAGGCGAAGGCCGACAGCAUUGGAUUCAAGAAUGUUUCGGGAGAUAUCACUGUAGGCUUCUAUAGAAAGGGAUCGACCGCUUCAUCCGAUUCCGCGGCCACCACUCCUCCCACAACUGGUGCUAAAAAACCAGCAAAACUGAUGGUUGGAGAGACUAACCUAACGAUGGAUAUCACCAGACUUUUGCUCUCAUUAUUGCACGCCUGGGGUCUUGACUCAGAUCUGGACAAAGUUUGUGAAUCCAAGUUAGGUCUUCUCCGACCUCUACGACCCAUUUGUUUCGGAAUGAUCUCAAGAGGCGGUCACAUGUCUCUCAUUUUGCCCACUUAUGUGCACAAAUUGGACGCCUCUUCAGUCGCACAAAACCCCACAAACACUGAGCAGAAGAUGCCUUUGACUAAAGCCGACUCACGACACGUCAAAAUAAGCUCUUAUUUACCGCCAGAACUGGUGGCUGAAGAAGAAAAGGCGCGCCGUUUCUCAUCCAGACUUCAUUGGGAACUGUCGACUGCUAUCACAACUAACCAUCUCUUGUCUAUCAUAUCGUUGGCCAACACUUUAAUGUCAAUGAGUUCCGCAACUUUCAUACCAGAGAGUGAACGCAAACGACGAUUGAAUCGAAAGGCGAGUCGAACAGACAGUACGGGAAAGACAGAGACCGAUGGGACGGCAGAAGCCGAACACUUCGCUAAUCAACAGCAACAGAUCAAACAGGGAUGGAGUCUAUUGGCGGCACUUCAUUGCGUCCUUUUGCCUGAUUUGGUCAAAUCAACUCUUUUCCAAAAACCUUUGGUUGAGAUACUCGCGCGUCGGUGGCAGGACAGGUGUCUGGAGGUGAGGGAAGCCGCACAGGCAUUGCUUUUGGCUGAACUUAGGAGAGCGGGCAGUAAAGGCAGGAAACAGAUUGUGGACGACUGGGGCCCGUAUUUGCCUAACUAUUCCGAUCAAAUACAUACCGCUCAUCACACCGAACAUCAUUCCAAGCCUCACAGUCAGCCCCAUUCCAUAGCCUCGAGUCCCUCUCCAAGUCCUGUGCCCUCAGACUCGAGUCAAAACAUUUACAAACACUCAGAUCUGAGAGCACACGACGACAACUUGUCCGAUGAGGACGACGACCCCGACGAGCACUCGGUUGGUAUGGAAAACGGGUCGACCACUGGUGCGGACGAUACCACUUCUCGCGCGUCUUCGUACACAACCGAAGGGCGCAGAAAACAGGCGACGGCUAUAGUGUUGUUGGGAGUCAUUGGCUCUGAAUAUGGCCACGAAGUGGAACAAAGCAAACGAAAGCCUAACGACGAGUCGCGACGAAAAAGUAUUAUUGAAGGCUUCGGUCCCGGAAACUACACGUUAGCCCGAAAUACUAGCAAAGCGUUGGCGUAUCUCCUAUUGAGUCCGCCAUCGUCUUCACUACCACUCCAUACAUCUCUACGAAGAGCUGCCAUCGAUCUGAUCGGUCGUGGAUUCACUGUAUGGGAGCCUUAUUUAGAUGUUUCCAAAAUACUAUUGGGUUUACUGGAGUUGUGUUGUGAAUCUGAAAACCUGGUGCCCAGUAUGUCAUUUGGCUUACCCCUCACGCCGGCAGCUGACUCGUGUCGAACGGCCAGACACGCCAUUUCCCUUAUAGCUACUGCUCGACCCCCAGCAUUUAUCACAACAUUGGCCAAAGAGGUGGCGCGAUAUAAUACACUCCAACAAAACGCUCAGUCCUUGAAUAUAGCGUUACAUCAGACGGUGUUAUGUCGCGGAAGGCCUGAGAUAUUGCGAAAUAUGGAAAUACUGAUCGAUAAAAUGCAAACCGAUGUCUCGGAUCUCAUAAUAGAAGCGAUGGAUAUAAUAAUCCAUUCUUUGGAUCACAAUAUGCUUAAGACUAAAGGAUUGGGAGAAGUGUUUCCUACAGUUUGUCGCUUUCAAAACGUCACUUUCUGUACAUCCACUCGUCGUAUAGCUGUCGGCGCCAAAAACGGCAAUUUAGCCAUUUAUGAGUUGAGAGCACCCAAAUCACAGGUCAUUCCCGCCCAUACGGCUGCCAUCACCUGCUGCUCCUUCUCACCCGAUGGCAAACAUUUGGUCUCAUAUUCGUCGGGAGAGAAUAAAGUGUCGUUUUGGUCGACAGCCGUCGGACUGUUUGGUUUGGGCAACGCUCAGACCCGAUGCGUCAAGACAUACAGCUCUCCCCCAAUGCCCGAACACGUCAGAGCCACCGGACCCCUCAAAAUGGCGAGAUUCGUGUGGGUCUCCAAUAAGUCAGUUAUUCUGAUGUUUGCCGACGGAAACGAGUUUCGGUUUAAUGUCUAAGUUAUUGCGGUUAUAAUACUGUACUACUGUUUGUAUUAAGUUAUCUAUCUAUACAAUUCUAUAUACAGUAAUAUCUAUACAACUAAACUGGUUGUCGAC